CUUAUCUUGUUCGGUGGAAAAACUACUGCAUUCUGUGUUUGUCGGAAAGUACCGUUGUUUUAUAGCAAAAAUCCGAGUUGUUCAUCAUGGUAGGUGGCAGUUGAUCGCUAUUCUAUUUGAAAGAUGGGUAAAGUUACGGUAUAUUUUGAAUCACUUCAUAAUUAUUCAAAAUAAAAGUUUACGGCACAAGUUGGUGAAAGGACACUAGAUGAGCCAGUAGAUAUUUGCCUUUUAUUCAAGACAUUAUAAAACCAUUACACUUGGUAGCAGUUGAUCUAAGCAAGCUCUAAUGAGUUUCUCAAAGAAUAUAUUUCAUAAAAGCUUGGUUUUAAAGGAAAAUUUCCUUCAAUAGCGAUUUCACAAAACGUAUGUUUCACACUUAAUUGUUGUUCCAUUUCUAUGUGUAUUUCAGAGAAAAACUUCUUGCAUACUUUCAAAGAUAUGUUGAAAGUUACCUUAAAAUGAUUGAAUUUAUUUGAUAUUUACUCUGUAAUGUGAUACGGGGUAGCACCAGCUUUGCUAGCUUUUGUUAUAUUUUGGACUGCAAGUCAUAGUUAGUCAUUAGUUUAAGUUCAAUGACUGUGUGAAUAUAUGAAAAUCAUAUUAUCGUGUAACCUAAAUCUGUAGUUCACAUAUAUAAUUUUCAUGUAUUCACGGUCAUUGACUCAUCACUUCACAGGUUUCUUGCAAACCAACAUAAUAACAAGCACUCAGUUGACUUGUUAGUUCAUUUGGUAGAGCUGGUCAUGGGUUCAAAUUCAGUACAGGCCUGGAUUGUUUCAGGCCUUAUUAACACUUCUGCUUAAGAUUGCUUAAGAUCGCUUUUAUUUUCAUAAGGUUAAUUUUGUGGACUUUUAUGACAUUUAUUUUAUAUUUUACAUUAUGGUAUCAGGAUCCACUUUAGUGAAAUCUUGCUUUAGAUAUUGGGACGAUUAUUUGUAUUGGCAGGAACUAAAUGUGUUAAACUUCAAAUCAAUUCCCUUUCUUUCGCUAGCUAUCCCUUGUGUUUAUGAUAUGUAAUUAGCCAAUCAGCAAAUUAAUAUAAUUUUAACAAGCGUGUAAAAACCAAGUUACUCAUCUAUACUUUGAUUUUUCCGCUAAAUUCAAUGGAACCAUAGUCUUAUUGGCUAUUUUGGUAAUGUAACAGAAAAAGGUGAUAAUUUGAUAGUGUGGGAAAAUUAUGUCAGUAAAUAAUCAUGAAAGUAUCAAUGGGGGGUGGGAAAGGGUUGAUACAUGACAUAUGAAUUUAACGCAAAGGCAAGGUAAGAUGAGAUGUGAAGUUUUCUCUUAACUUUUAAAUAUCAUGUUAUGUGCAAUACUAGUUAAACUGUAUGUAUGCAUGAAUUUUUUUAAAAAUUCAUGUGUGAAACUUAAUCAGAUACUCCUUGGCAUCCUUUUAGUGAUCUAUACUUUGACACAAAGUACUCAUACAUGUAUGUUCAAGAGAUUUCCUCUUUGUUACAUCAAUAGCCUCCCAAAAAGAAAAGUGGGAAGAAGAAGGGGAAAAAGAAAUCUGCCAAGUCCAAGACACCUACAAUAGUAGAUGGGAUUAGCACAGAAGAGAUGAGCAAAGAACAGUUGGAAGAACACAUUGUCAGAUUACGAGAGGAAUUAGAUAGGGAACGUGAAGAACGCAAUUACUUUCAACUGGAACGAGAUAAAGUGAAUACGUUUUGGGAAAUCACAAAACGACAGCUUGAGGAAAGGAAGGCAGAGCUGCGUAACAAAGAUAGAGAAAUGGAGGAGGCAGAGGAAAGACACCAAGUGGAAAUUAAAGUUUACAAACAGAAAGUGAAACAUUUAUUGUAUGAACACCAGAACAACAUUGCAGAACUUAAAGCUGAGAGUAAGCAACUUAAGAUACACAUUAAAAGUUCUUCACUUUGAGACUCACAAAAUCAAAACAUAAUAUGCGUUAAGCUAUAAUCAGUCAUUGUUAGUGUAUUUUGCUUGGUCUAGUUCUUGUGAACCACACUUAGUACACUCAACUGACAAUUACUGUUCACCUAAUUUUGAUGAUGACUUCUGCUCAGGUUGUCAAAACCUCAGUCACUUCUACCAAUAACAGUCCUCCAGACUUACCUUCACACUGACAGUCAGACUAUACCAUCUCAUGUCACCUCUGAGUUAAAACCAUCCAUUGAAUGCUAAAGUCUAUCUAAAACUUCUGUUGGUGUACUUUCCAAUGGCACUACAUGUAUGUUGGUGAGCAAUGUAGUGAGAAAACCUUUAUUGAUCAGGUUUUUUGUUGUGUUAGAAAGAAGAGCUGUUUCUGAUGCAGUAGAUUUCCCAGUUUAUUUAUAGAGAUUUUAGUGACAGUAUAAUAAUUUUUGAAAAUCACAAAGUUAACCAGCUCUUUGUUAAAACAUUUUAAAAACAGUUUUUCAUCAUCAUCUCCUGCUACUUUUAUCAAUAGGUGCUGUGGCGUUGAAGUUAGCACAAGACGACCACAAAGGCAAUGAGCAAGACUUAAGAAAGGACAAGAGAUCUCUCAAGGUACCUGGAUAUCCCUUCUGAGUAUUGUUGAUUUUAGUGCAAAAAAUUGUAGAAGAGUCUGGGGCUGAUGUGACAAGUAUUUGACUAUUUCUCAUUGUGAAAAAUAGAAUAAAAUAAAAAGCAUUAGUUCACAUGUAAUUAACCCUUGAACCCCUUGAUGGUGACCAGCAUGUAAUUUCCCCUUACAGUAGUAUCCCUGAGUGAUAAAUGUAUAUUAAGGUCAUAAAAAUAGAUGGAGGAAAUGAUCACCAACUAAAAUAGCUCUUAAUUGUUGAACAAAUUCUCCUUGUCAGCACCUUAGGAAAUGUGUAAAGAACAGUACAGAGUAUGCAUACUGCAUAAGAGUGCAGAGGUUUAAAUGUGUAUGGAGAAGUAAUCUUUUCUGAAAUCAAUAAAUAUCACUAGUCCUAUCAGUGUUUCACUGGGAAGUCUUGACUUUAGAAUUUGCAGUUUACCUUAAAACUGGGUGUAGACAGUGAUGGUCACCAGUUAGAUUAAGUGAGCAGAACAGCCCAUCAUGGGUGGUAGAAUUCCGAUCAUUAUAGUACUGUCUAUGAGGUUUUUCAAUGUGAAGUGAAUCAUAUUUCUUUAGGUGGAAUUAAAAGAACAAGAACUUUCUCAUGAAGAUGUUGUUAAGAAUCUCAAGAAGGUGAGUGUAACGAUUGUCUUUUACAUAUUGGCUCAUGUUAAUAUACAAAAGGUUUUAAAUUUUUUUAACACAAGUGUUUGAUUAUAUAUUGUGUCAAUCACAAACAUAUUUUGGAAAUUUUACAGGGUCACGAUGAACAUGUAACAAAACUCAGGCAAGAUUUUGAGAGACAAGUUAAAGGUGAGUAAAGGAGACUAAUGAAUAACUCUAUGUUCUAUUUUUUUGCUGCAUCAAAAGCAAGUUUCUCUAAUGUUCACUAGGAGGAAAAAUGAUUGUUUCUUCCUAUAAAGAUUUUCUCCACAGACAAUGCUUGUAGUAGGUUGUCAAAUAUUGUUAAAAGGGUAACAGGAUGAGAGGGUAAAAUAUUGUUGCAAAUUUUAGCUGUUUCAAUCUCCUUUUUAUAGAAAUUGAGUCAAAGUAUGACAAGAAAAUGAAGGCACUUAGAGAGGAACUUGAGCUGAGGAGGAAAACUGAAAUACAUGAAAUUGAAGAGGUUUGAUCCUUAAUGAUUAAUAAAGAUUACUUAUUUUCCUGGUAGCAUUUUUGCAAAGACUAUAGUUGUACAAUGCAAAAACUAGCAUCCACUGUAGAUGUUUUAGAAACAUGUAUGUAGUCUUGAAAUUCACUUAAACUUUACUUAAGUCUGUUAUGGUAUGUUUACAAUUAGCUGGGUGCCAAAAUCACUCACUCUUCCAAUAGCCCUUUGGCAAUCUAGAAGCAUUGCAUAGUUGGCAGGAAUAAAGUUUUGGUCACUGGGGAAAAAAAAAAGUUAAAAGAUAAUUGAGAGAAAAUUAAAGAAAAGGCAUGAAACAAAAAUGGAAUUUAACCUUUGCUAAAUUAAUGUUUAUUUUACUUUAGUUUAUGUACAAUAUAAUUAGUAAGUUUAAACAAAACAUCAAAUAAUGAGAACAUUACAACAUGUCACUUGACCAGCGAACACGUCCACCAGAUUGAUUACUUUCCAUGCAAAUUCAGUCACCAACUUUUUUUGCACUCACUGUGGCAACCAAAAAGCUUGAGUGGUUUAUAAGAAGUAUCCUAUAUGCCUAUAGACUGAUGCUAAUAAUUGAUUUAUCUUGUUUGUCCUUGUUUGUAAUAAUUAUACUGCUAUAUUACUUUUAGUGCACAAGUGCCUUAAUGGCUUGGCAUCAACUUUUCUAUCUGAGCUUUUACACUACCAUAAUAGUCCACAUUUACUUCAUUCUAGUUCUCAGAAUCUUUUAGCUGUGCCUAGAUCCAGGUUAAAGACAUAUGGUGAUGGAGCUUUUUCUGUUGACCAGUUCAAGAUGCAGUUGAAGACAUACUUAUUUAAAUUGGCUUAUGAUGUCUAGUUUUUAUUAGUGUUGUUUACUUAAUUUCAUUAUUAUAAUAGCUAUUGGCUUUUGUAUUUUAUAGUUUAACCAUUGUUGUACAAUGCUUUGAGCAAGUAUCGGACACAGUGCUCUAAAAGUGUUUUAUUAUUAUAUCAGCAUGUGCCAUAAAUUGAUAUUUUUCUUUGUAGCGCAAGAAUGGUCAAAUCAACACCUUGAUGAAGAAUCAUGAGAAAGCCUUCAGUGACAUCAAGAAUUACUACAAUGACAUAACACUUAAUAAUCUGGCUCUUAUAAAUUCCCUCAAGGUAAUUUAUGAAGCACAUAUUUUUAGCAGUUACAGGAAAUGUUCAUAAGAAAACAAGCUUUGUAAUUGGCCAAAACAGCACCAAAUUCCAUAUGGUAAGGAAGGAGGUUGAACUUAAAUUAUACCAAAACCUCAUGAAAGGCAACUGGCCAAAUAUUACCUUCCAAUAAUUUCAAGUAGUACAGUCAUAAGCCAAUGCCAUCAAACUUUCAAAUUUAAAAUUACCAGGGGGACUUACCAGUGUAGUAACUGUCCUUUUCCCACAAAAUGAUAGAGUGUGACAAGUAAGUAGAAAAUCCAGUCAGCUCAUCAGUUCUUGUUUAUUAUUUUUACUAGGAACAAGUUGAGGAGAUGAAAAAGAAGGAAGAGAGAAUGGAGAAACAAAUGAAUGAAAUUAUGGCAGAGAAUAAGAGAUUAACAGAACCAUUACAGAAAGCCAGAGAGGAGGUGGAAGAACUUAGAAAACAGGUGAAACUAAGCAACAAAUAUUAUGACCAAAGUAUUAUAAUAGUUUUUCUCAACUUUCAACUUUGUUCAAGCAGCAUCAUUAUAUAUUAUUUUUAAUUAGUGACAGCUAGAAGAAAAGUCUGAGUUACAGUUGAAUAACUAGAAAACAGAUGCUGCAGUAACUUUUAACACAGCAGUGUUGAGGGUGCAUUUACAUUAGAACUUACAAUGUGCAACAAGAUUACUUCAGAUACAACAUUCACUUUGCCACUUUUAAGAAAGUUUUAAGAAGACUGUUUAAAAAGUGCUAAAGAUGUCUACAAUACCCUUUCUCUAUAUUCAAUGAAAGAUGAUCUCAGUGAAAAUAGAACCACAUUGUACAGAGGGGGAGGGGUGCAGUUAAGGGCAUUACAACAAAAAUUUAGUGGCAGUGACAGCUAUUUUGUGGCAGAUUAUAUUGGGGUAAAUGACUAUUAGUGGUAAAGUAUUUUGGAUAGCAAAAUCUGAAGGUCUCAUGUUGAAUUCCUUGUCAGGGGACCAGACUUUUUUCUGCCCCAUGUUGUCAAGGGGGUGCAGUGGAGGGUAUUCAGAACAAACCUUUCCAAAGCAGUGAGAACUAUAUUAACCACAGUUGGCUCCAAUUUUACUAUUCAUUUUGAGACAAAUCUACAUGGGUCUACAAAUAAUAGUUAUGGUAUUUAUUAAACAAAAAUAAUUAGUAUUAUAUUAAUAAUUUCUUAUUUCCUUUUUCUGUAGCUUGCAAACUAUGAAAAAGACAAAGCGUCAUUGGCUGUAAGUAUUACUAUCAUACAAGGAAGGUUUUGCACAUCAUAUGUAGAAAACGAUCUAUCAGCAGUGACGUAAGAACAGUUCACACCAUUGGUCAGAUUGUAACGUAUUUAACCUUCACUUAAUUACUGUAGAUGUUAAUGUUUUCAUAAGCAUUUGUUGUCUCUUCCCUUUUGUUGAAUGUGAACUCGAUAUUGCAUGUAAAGAAUAAUUUACAGCGUAAGGAGAAGGAUUGAAGGAAAAUAAAAGUGGAUGUAGCUUUUCAACCCUUCAAAAUUUGUGUAAAUUUCAUGGCUUCCUCUAAUCUUCAUUUGUCGAUAUUUUGCACAUUGUAGCGCUUAAUAAAAAUAGGGGUUUAGAAUUCUGCAGCUGUUCUUGAAAGAGCGUGGGUUUCUUUAGUGCAAGAUAUCUAAGUUGUAAGAUGCACGCUAGGGCAUAACUUGUUUUCAAAAUAAAGGUUGAUGAUAAGAGAUAAUUAUAUUUUAUAUAUCUUCAAUUUUGUAGAGUGCUAAGGCACGACUUAAAGUUCAAGAAGAAGAACUAAGGAGUUUACACUGGGAACACGAAGUUCUCCAACAGCGCUUUAGUCAGGUUUGAGAUCUCAUGAAUUUAGAAUAUACGCAUUCUUCUCAGAAAUGACGACUACAACCCCAUCGAUAGAUGCCAAAAUUAGAGUCUUCUUUUGGAAGGAGGAGAGAAGAGUUUCAAAAUACGUGGAAAUCCUGGAUGGGUUUAUUCCCGCUGAUGAAUUAAUGUCGGUUUAACAAAAUAAAAAUAUUCUACAUUCAAGACGCCCAAAGCUUGAGAGGUCCAAAAAUUUUUUUCGAAAAUGUGAUACUCAAAAUAAUUUACCGGUGCACCAAUUAGAAGUACGAGGCCACCUACAAAUAUGAUGAGCCUGUGAAAAAGAGAGCUGCCUGUCCACGUGCAUUUUUGUGCAUUUAAAAUAUGGAAAAGUUUAGAAUGUUUCUUCUGUCGUUUAGUCAGUGUAAUUAAAAUGUUCGCAGUGCUUAAACAUGAUCUGUUUUUGUUUGUUUUCUAUGAUAUAGACACAAAGUGAACGUGACGAGUUGUAUGGCAAAUUUGUCAAAGCUAUACAUGAGGUUCAACAGAAGAGCAACUUUAAAAACUUGCUUCUUGAGAAGAAACUGACUGCUCUGGCUGAUACACUGGAGAAGAAGGUACGCGCAAAAAAACAUCAGUGACAAGACAUAGUGUAUUUGUAGUUUGUUGUCUUCCUUCUAGGAAAACAAUUUUUGUUUACACCGCUGUCACAUUUGUGACUUUUUCUGAUAGGUGAAAAUUUUUCCUGAUCACUACACAUUGGUAGAAAGGCACUGGUGGUUUUACUCUCCCUUUAAUUUGUUCUUGUCGUUCCCCCGUUUUAUGAAACAAACAAAAUGAUUGUAGUUGAAGUAUUUCGAGUCAUUUUUGUGACUGAAGAUAAAAACUACUGUCGACUUAGACAAGACAACAAAAUAUUAUUUUGGUUGAGGUGGAAAAAACUUUAAGGGUGCAAUAAUAAAUCCAAAAGGACGGUUUAAACUGCGAACAAAGGACGAACUUAGACAAAUAUUGGAAUUUUAAUAAUCCACAGACAGUGUAGUUGGUCCUUGAAAGCUAAGGAGUUAUUCCUUGUGUUUCGAUGAGUUCAUAAAAGUACACCUCUCGUCACAUUAAUUGUGGUCUACCCAGCUUACUUUACGAGUUUUUUCACAGGAAGCGCAGCUGAACGAAGUGUUGUCAGCAUCCAAUUUGGAUCCUACUGCUUUAACAGUUGUAACCAGAAAACUUGAGGUGAGAUUUCCAUCAGUCCUCCACCAGCUCCAUUAACAUCUUAUCAAGGUGGUUUGUCCAAGUCCUUCUCCAUUGUCUAAAACAAACUUGCUGCUCGUGCUGGUGAAAUUUUCUUGCCAUCUCUACAGAAAAUUGUUGGCCUGAUUUUUGAUAAGUCGUUUGUCUUUUUCUUAUAACUUGUUUGCCCUGUUUAAGAACUUUUUUCGCCUUGUUUUCUUUCAGGAUGUUUUAGACUCGAAGAACAGUGCUAUCAAAGACUUACAGUACGAAUUGGCACGUGUUUGCAAGGUAAAGAACAUGACUUGUUUGAUUUGUUACAUAGUUACCUGUAGAACCUUUUUAGCAUAGUGCCUCGAAAAGAUCAGAGUUGUGUAUCUUAAGUACUUACAAAGCCGCCCUCCCAGAGGAAUCAGCGGGUGUCUCGAAGAUCUUCUCUAAAAAAUCUUUGGUGCCAGGCUCUUCAAAGCUUUCAUAAAGCAUAGUUCUACAGGUCGCCUUAAGACAAAAGUUGGUCGCCUGUGGCACCCCAGCCCUGUUAGAGCAGAGCCCUGAAGUCUUAAGCCAAAAGAGGGUUACAUGAUACAUGUUGUCCAGAAUGGCAAACGGUAUCAGGUUUCCUCCUCUCCCUUCCCGGCCACCCUUAACUGGCCGAGAGAUCUUAUUCGCAGGCUCUUAUUUCCCUUGCAGGUGCGAUUGUUAUAUAAAACUGGAGAUUUAAUUAAGAAGUUUGGUUUUAUUUCAGGCUCAUAAUGAUCUCAUCCGAACUUACGAAGCAAAGCUCCAGUCGUUCGGAGUACCGACCGAAGAACUCGGGUUCAAGCCCCUCGAGAGCAACGUUGGAGGACAACAACUCGGCCGAGGCCCCGCGGGUCUGGUUGCUGCACCAACUUAAGCUGAAAGAGCGUUAUUCUUCGAUUUCGUUCAUUUUAAUUUCUAAGGGACCAUUUUAUAUUAGUUCUGACACAUUUAUAACAAUUUGUAAAUAGAAUUCUUGCUACAUGUGUAGUUUUUUUUAGAGAACUGUCUAAUUUAUUUACAUUUUUAUCUUGUGCAAUUCCGUCCAGGAUAUUUUGCAUAGAAAAACUCAUUUUUACGUUUUCUGGUUUUCUCACUUAAGCUCUUUGAUGUGCAUUUUAUAUGUUUCUGAAAAAUACAGUCAAAGCAGUUUUCAACUAAUCUUGAUCUAAUUAGCAUGUUGUUUUGUUGGGAAUUUGGUGUAUUUCUCCAUGUAUAAAUAUACUGUUAUCCAUUCAUCCAAGCGACUGAAACGUCAGUUGAGAAAGAUUCUCAUUCUAAGUGUAUUCCUGUAUCAAUGACUUGAAUUGUGUGUUCUGUGAAAAUUAUAGCGAAAAUUGUCAACUUGGAA